AUGGGAAGAUGUGUAUGGUUGUUGGUGUUCGCUGGGGUAGUUUUUGCAGAACCCUUACCGAAAAUUGAAACGUCGGCAUGGAAUGAACUGCUCCAGAUUGGUGGUGACAUUGAAGUGAAGAGUAAUGAUAUACAGUCUGGUAGAAGUAUGAGUUCGUUAGAGGAUCGCGUGGAAAAUUUCAUGAAGAACCACGAUGUUUCAUUCGAUCUUCCCAUCAUUGGAUCGAAAGUGACCAUGGAUGCCAAAAAUUUAGACAAUACUGAAGUCAACUUAAAGAUCAAGUUUGGAAGUGGAAGUGAAGUACAAGCCCGCAAGAAGUCUAAAUUGAAGAAAAUAUUUGUUCCAAUCCUCAUCUUCAUCCUGAUCAAAGCAAUGACUUUAAUUCCACUUGCACUUGGUAUUCUCGGAAUCAAGACCUGGAAUGCUAUUCAGUUGUCAUUCAUUUCCUUUGUGUCAGCUUUAGCUAUGGCGGUGUGGAAACUUUGUUCAAAGAUUAGUCAUCCACCUCCACAGAUUAUUCACAACGCCUGGGAUCCUCAUCUACAUCAUGAUAGGUCAGACUUGGGACAGCAGAUGGCAUACUCUGCGUAUGCUUCACAGUAGUGAUUUCAUUCAUGAUUUUCUUCACACUUUUGUAGUGACGGGUUGUGAUUUUUUCUAAUUUAUUAAAUUUUCUGUUUUCAUUA